AUAAAACAUUCCAAUAUGAGUAAAUACAAGGUCACAGAGAAAUACUCGUUUAACACGGCAGAGGGUGGGGAUGCAAAAGUUAACAAGAAAUAUCGCAGGAAAGCAUCAAAAGCGGAUGGCCUGCAUCCCAGAAGUCGUAGCCUUAGUUUGGGAUCUCUUUUGUCCCCCCAGUUGACUGUUGUUGAGAUUUCGGAAUCUUUGAAAUCCCCACAUUCGCCUUCAGGAAAAUCGUUUGAUGGUUUUAACAUGGAAACGGAUUAUUUGCAGCCAUCCCAGCAUCUUAACUUGACAUCAAAAAGGAUUUCACUACACUAUGAUAAUAUGUAUGGAUAUAAGGACAAGUACGAAAAUGUUGGAAAGCACACAGAUAAGGGCAUAGACUUCCUGGACAAAUACUACAACUUCCUCAAGAAACGCUGCGAGAUUGAACAAAGCUAUGCAAAUGAGCUCAAAAAGCUGGUCAAGAACAACCAGCCUAGGAAGAAAGAGGAAGAAGACUAUCAGUUCACAACGGCCCAGGCAUUUCUGGACAUGCUGAAGGAAGUCCAUGAUAUGGCAGGUCAACACGAGAUGAUAGCAGAAUCAACCCAGCAACAGCUCAUGGCUGAUAUCAAGAAAUGUGUCAUGGAGCUACGCACAGAUAGGCAAAAGGCAUUGAAUGAUGGUGUGAAAUUUCAAAACCAGUUAAAGGAAUCUCUGAAGAUGUUGGAUGCGGCCAAAAAGACGUACGAAAGAAAGUUUCAGGAAGCAGAACGAGCAUCGGAAACUUUCCAUAGAGCGGAUGCUGACAUUCAUCUGUCCAGAGCUGACGUAGAGAAGACACGACAGACAAGCCUUCGCAAAACCCAGGAGGCGGAGGAGAGCAAGAAUGAAUACGCCUCGCAGCUUCAGACCACCAACAGAUUUCAACAUGAGUAUUACACCAUGCUCAUGCCACAAGUGUUUCAGCAAUUACAAGACGUAGAUGAGAAGCGGAUAUCGAUGGUGAAGACUGUGAUAGAGGGGAGUGCGGCCCUGGAAAAUAGUGUGCUUCCAAUCCUUAAGUCUUGUAUAGAGGGAAUGAACAAGGCUGCGCAGUCAAUCAAUCGCAGCGCUGACUCGCAGAUGUUCGUAGAAAAAAACAGAACUGGUUUUCAAAUACCCGGAGAUAUUCCAUUUGAUGACUUGUCUAGUGGUGGAUCAAAUAGUAACUCUUUAAAUAAUAGAAAUUUAUCACCAGCAGAUGUAACUAGAAAUGAUAAAAGAACUACUGUGAAAGGGACAGGCACAGAAAAAGGCAAAAAGGAUAAAAAACGUGGUGGACUGUUCAAAAUAUUUGGAAAUACUGCUACGGAUGAACAGAAAGAUGAGUUUCCCAAUGAACCUGCUCAGCGGAGGGUGAAACUGCAGAAGAAAAUAGACGAAAUCAAAAGCAGAAUAUCACAUGAAACUAAUGAAAGAGAAGGAAUGAUGAAAAUGCGUGAUGUCUACAUGGCCAAUCCCCAGCUAGGAGAUGCUGACGUACUUACAAAGAAACUAGAUUUAAAUACCCAAACUAUAAAUGAAUUGCAACUUGAGUUGAAGAAAUUUGAGGACAUGCUAGACAACACGAAGAAUGAGCUUAGCGGUGGAGUGAUGCGCAGGCAUGGCUCUGAUGACUCCAUGACCCACAGCAUCAACUCUGUGGACAGCAGCCAGAUGCACCCCUCUGCGCCAGGCACACCCAUGCCGCAGCACAACAACACACAGGAGGAGUAUUAUGAUCGCAGAUACAGUUAUAACCAUCGGCCAGUAGAAGAUCCAGUAGUAGACCACCCACCUCCAGAUGAGUUUGAUGAGUACCCGGUGAUUGGUUCUUGUAGGGCGCUGUAUGCUUUUGAUGCCAGUGCAGAGGGAGCUGUUAAUGAGGGGUCAGUCAGUAUGGUGGAGAACGAGGAGAUGUCUGUGCUGGAGCAGGACCAGGGGGAUGGCUGGACCCGUGUGAGAAAGUACAACAACGAGGAGGGCUUCGUACCCACCACCUACAUACAGUGCCACUUCUAUGACCAGGACGCAGUCUAGCGAGGGGGAGAGAUAGGGGGGGGGGGUCAGGGAAUUGGGGCUGGUGUGUUGCGCUGAGGGAGUUGACAUACCUUUGAGUUGUUUUUGUUUUUUGGGGGGUUGGGUACAUGGUACCUGCCACAUACAUACAGUGUCACAUCUAGGCGCUAGAUGCAGUGUAGGCGGGGAGGGGGGAAGGAGGGGGGUUAACGUUACGUUGAGGGGUAUGUGGAUAUGGGAGAAUGGGCUUUUUGGGGCUUCAUGGGUAUGAUUCAGUGAAUCAGACAAUUGCUGUAUACAUACAUACAAAAAAAAGCCAUGUCUAGGCCCAGGACACAGUGAAGAGAUGGGGUGUUAGUUAUGGGGAUUGGGGGAUGGUGUAGCGCUGAGGGAGUUCACAUUAAUUUAAGGGGUAUUUGGAUUUGGGAGGAUGGGUUUUUUGGGGGUAUAUGAUUCAUUGAAUUGGACAAAAGCUGUUGGGUGGGUGCACUUUAAGAAUGGUUUUAAUAAGUUGUUUUUGUAGGUUUAAGAUAUCAAUUCGAUAGUUCACCGGUGCACAUGCUCAGCAUAUAAAAACAUCAGCUCUUCUCUAGAGAUUUUCUCUAUUUAUUUGUAUGGACUGGGAUUCUGUUGGUUGGGAAAAAGUACUGGUAUGGUAAAACUGUUUGAUGUGAGAAGUUGGGUUUCAUAGAAGUGGCAAGCAAACAGCUGGGGACAACAAAUACAAGACUUGUCCAUUUUCAAAUUGAAAAUGUCUGUUAUUUGUUGUGUCAGUGCUUGUACUUUGCUGUUUUACUGAUUGUUGGAGGAAAAUACUGCUUAACAAUAACAAUAUGUGCAAACACAUGUCAAAUGUGCAGCAGCAGAUUUCCUGGAGUGUUAUGGGAGAUAAACUAAGCUGACAUUUCUCGAUAGGUACAAUCAGCUAUACCUAAUUAAUUCAUUGUUUGAUAUUCUCUGUUAGACUGGGAGAGUUCUUCCCUAUGGUGUUCAAAGGCUCAGACCAUUGUAGUUUAUUAGAUAAAAAUGCCAGAUUAUGUAGUCAUGACAACAGUUACUGGAUUGUUGUCAGAUUUUAACACCAAACAAAUAUUUACAAAAAAUGGGUCAUACUGCGGCCUUAGAUAUUGCGUAGAUGAUUUGUUACAUGGUACAUGUAUAUUAGAUGAAUGAAUUUAGGAAUUGUGAUAUUAUUGCUGAGCAUUGAUUGUUUAUAAACACCUUAUUUGUAAUAUGUACUCUUUUUAAAACAAAAAACAACUGGGGAAGAAUAACUGUGUAUAAUGAAUAAUGAAUUAUACUAUUAAUUAAGUAAAAUAUUUAUACAGUGCAUUUUAUUUGAGUGUAUGUACAUGCAAAUACAUGUACAUAUAUAUGUUUGAAUUGAUUUAAAGUCUAUAUUAUUGUGUAUGCCUGUAUGUGUUGUAUGAAUUUCUUCUAAUGCAUGAAUUUGAAAGUUGCUGACCAGGUUUUUGAUUUUUGUGCCAAAAUGUCAUUUUAAAUGUAUUUUUAUGGCUGCUGGUCUAAUAAAUAAAGAGAUUUUGUCAUUAUUAAAGUCACUAAAAGUGUACACAAAUUCCUCAUUUUAUUUAGCUGAAGCCUUCAUAGGAUUAUCAUAGAUGAUCAGGUUUGGGAUAUUCAUUAGCAAUGCAACGAUGGUAAUGCAAGGUACUUUUAAUACCAAGUGCAGAAAUGGUCUUAAUUCCUAUGAUUUAUUUCAAAGAAUAAGCUGGCCACUCAAGAUGGCCUAAAUUGUUGCAAACACAUUUAGCAAUAGCAGGCAUAAAUAUUGAUAAUAUGAUUAAAGCACAUCAUAUUUAUGGAACUUGUAGCCAACCAAUUGUUUAAUGGUUGAUAAUGGCUUAUAAUAAUGGCUUUAUGGACUGGAAACUUGUCUUUUUUUAACAUAUGUAUUUUUCUUUUCAGUAGCUUCAAUGUAAAAAAGGGAAUUAUUGAUAAUUUAUUAUAAUUAACCUACAAGUAUUUAUGAAGGUAUUGCAUUUUAUUUUUAUGUUUUUGUAUAAAAAUGAAAUGAUUCUUUUGUUUGGACUAUUUCGCUUGAAGCAAAUAUUUUAUACUGAUGUUUUAUAUCAUACUUGUUCUUCCAUGAGCAUUUUCAUAUCAUUUAUUGUACACUUCCAUUGUAAGACAAUGUAGCUAUGUAACGCCAUGUAUUAUGUAUGUGCAUAUACACCAAUAAACAUCAAAUAAUA